AUGCCGCACGACCCAGAUGGACCCGACGUGGCACCCAACCUGGUGGGCUCCUCCAGGCUCCAUCCGUCAACCUGUCAGAGCACCCGAGCCGCCGAAUGUUCGAUUUUCGAUUUCCUUGUCAACGAAGCCGAGGCGGGGGAGGAGGCGUGCGGGGCGAACGGAUCGUUGGGAAUGUCUUUCGAAUCGAGGGGGAGGGAGGAGGAUGGAGGGUGGGGCGCUGCGCUCGCGGGCAUGGCCCAAACACCUCCCCCUUUCUCCCCACUUCGCAUUCCACUCCUGUCCCUCUCUCACACCCUGCCACCAGUUUCACAACCACCCUACUCCCCCCUCUCACACAGCCCCUCCCUCAACUGCUCGUCUCCCUCCCCUCCUCCUCCCCCUCCCUUCCAAACCCUCCCACCCCCCUCCCCCUCCUCCCCUUCCCUCCCCUCAGUCCUCGCUCCCUGCCUUGCUGGCCAGCGCUUCUUGGAAGGAGGGCACAGCUUCCUGGAAGCAUCCCACGCCUGCAGCAGCCGCACUGCCUCCCUCCGCACCCGCGCCCGCGCUCUCAGUGAUGCAGGGGGGAGGGUGGGUGGGGAGGGGGAGGAGGAGGCGGAGAGGGGAGAAGGGGAGGAGGAGAGGUGCAGAAGGUCCCAUGCGAAGGCAGGGGAGAAGCGAAGCAGCUGCAGUGGAAGAGUGGGGGAGGAGGGACAGUGGGAGGCAUGGAUGGGAGGAGGAAAGAAGGGGACGUAG